AUGAGCCUGCAUCGGCCUCGGGAGCCUACACUAGCAUCUCCUCGCCAGACGGGAGAAGCGGAAAAUGAGCCAGCACUGGCCUCGGUCAGUGGACUGGCCUGUGAAUCACAUCGAAGGGACCGUACACUAGCAUCUCCUCGCCAGACUGGAGAAGCGGACUAUGAGCCAGCACCGGCCACGGUCAGUGGACUGGCCUGUGAUUCACAUCGAGGGGACCCUACACUAGCAUCUCCUCACCAGACGGGAGAAGUGGACUAUGAGCCAGCACCGGCCUCGGUCAGUGGAUUGGCCUGUGAUUCGCAUCGAAGGGACCCUACACUAGCAUCUCCUCGCCAUACGGGAGAAGCGGACUAUGAGCCAGCACCGGCCACGGUCAGUGGCCUGUCCAGUGAUUCACAUCGGAGGGAGCCUACACUAGCAUCUCCUCACCAGACGGGAGAAACGGACUAUGAGCCAGCACUGGCCACGGUCAGUAUCUUGGCCAGUGAUUCACAUCGGAGGGGGCCUACACUAAAAUCUCCUCACCAGACGGGAGAAGUGGACUAUGAGCCAGCACCGGCCACGGUCAGUGGCCUGUCCAGUGAUUCACAUCGGAGGGAGCCUACACUAGCAUCUCCUCACCAGACGGGAGAAACGGACUAUGAGCCAGCACUUGCCACUGUCAGUGGCCUGUCCAGUGAUUCACAUUGGUGGGAGCCUACACUAGCAUCUCCUCGCCAGACAGGUGAAGCGGACUAUGAGUCAACACCGGCCACGGUCAGUGGAUUGGCCUGUGAUUCACAUCGCAGGGAGCCUACACUAGCAUCUCCUCGCUAUACGAGAGAAGCGGACUAUGAGCCAGCACCGGCCACGCUCAAUGGCCUGGCCUGUGACUCACAUCGAAGGGAGCCUACACUAGCAUCUCCUCGCCAGACGGGAGAAGCGGACUAUGAGCCAGCACCGGCCUCGACGGGAGAAGCGGACUAUGAGCCUGCAUCGGCCUUGGUCAGUGGACUGGCCUGUGAUUCACGUCGAAGUAACCCUACACUAGCAUCUCCUCGCCAGACGGGAGAAGCAUACUAUGAGCCAGCACCGGCCUCGGUCAGUGGACUGGCCUGUGAUUUGCAUCAAAGGGAGCCUAAACUAGCAUCUCCUCGCCAGACGGAGGAAGCAGACUAUGAGCCAGCACCGGCCACGGUCAGUGGCCUGGCCUGUGAUUCACAUCGGAGGGAGCCUACACUAGCAUCUCCUCGCCAGUCGGGAGAAACAGACUAUGAGGCAGCACCGGCCACAGUCAUUGGCCUGGCCUGUGAUUCACAUCGAAGGGAGCCUACACUAGCAUCUCCUCGCCAGACAGGAGAAGCGGACUAUGAGUCAACACCGGCCUCGGUCAGUGGACUGGCCUGUGAUUCACAUCGAAGGGACCCUACACCAGCAUCUCCUCGCCAGACGGGAGAAGCGGACUAUGAGCCAGCACAGACCACGGUUAUUGGCCUGGCCAAUGAUUCACAUCGUAGGGAGCCUGCACUAUCAUCUCCUCACCAGACGGGAGAAGUGGACUAUGAGCCAGCACUGGCCAUGGUCAGUGGCUUGGCCAGUGAUUCACAUCGGAGGGAGCCUACACUACCAUCUCCUCACCAGAUGGGAGAAGCGGACUAUGACCCAGCACCGGCCAUGGUCAGUGGCCUGUCCAGUGAUUCACAUCGGAGGGAGCCUACAGUAACAUCUCCUCACCAGACGGGAGAAACAGACUAUGAGCCAGCACUUGCCACUGUCAGUGGCCUGUCCAGUGAUUCACAUUGGAGGGAGCCUACACUAGCAUCUCCUCACCAUACGGGAGAAGCGGACUAUGAGCCACCAUUGGCCACGGUCAAUAUCCUGGCCAGUGAAUCACAUCGGAGGGAUCCUACACUAGCUUCUCCUCACCAGACGGGAGAAACGGACUAUGAGCCAGCACCGGCCACGGUCAGUGGACUGGCCUGUGAUUCACAUCGGAGGGAGCCUACCCUAGCAUCUCCUCGCCAGACGGGAGAAGCGGACUAUGAGGCAGCACCGGCCACGGUCAUUGGCCUGGCCUGUGAUUCACAUCGAAGGGAGCCUACACUAGCAUCUCCUCGCCAGACGGGAGAAGCGUACUAUGAGCAAGCACCGGCCACGGUCAGUUUACUGGCCAGUGACUCACAUCGGAGGGAGCCUACACUAGCAUCUCCUCACCAGUCGGGAGAAGCGGACUAUGAGCCAGCACCGGCCACGGUCAGUGGCCUGGCCAGUGAUUCACAUCGGAGGGAGCCUACACUAGCAUCUCCUCGGCAGACGGGAGAAGUGGACUAUGGGAUAGCACCGGCCACGGUCAGUGGCCUAUCCAGUGAUUCACAUCAGAGGGAGCCUACACUAGCAUCACCUCGCCAGACGGGAGAAGCGGACUAUGAGCCAGCACCGGACACGACGGGAGAAGCGGACUAUGAGCCUGCAUCGGCCUUGGUCAGUGGACUGGCCUGUGAUUCACUUCGAAGUAACCCUACACUAGCAUCUCCUCGCCAGACGGGAGAAGCAUACUAUGAGCCAGCACCGGCCUCGGUCAGUGGACUGGCCUGUGAUUCGCAUCAAAGGGAGCCUAAACUAGCAUCUCCUCGCCAGACGGGAGAAGCGGACUAUGAGCCAGCACCGGCCACGGUCAGUGGCCUGGCCUGUGAUUCUCAUCGGAGGGAACCUACCCUAGCAUCUCCUCACCAGACGGGAGAAGCGGACUAUGAGCCAGCACCGGCCACGGUCAGUGGCCUGGCCAGUGAUUCACAUCGGAGGGAGCCUACACUAGCAUCUCCUCAGCAGACGGGAGAAGUGGACUAUGGGAUAGCACCGGCCACGGUCAGUGGCCUAUCCAGUGAUUCACAUCAGAGGGAGCCUACACUAGCAUCACCUCGCCAGACGGGAGAAGCGGACUAUGAGCCAGCACCGGCCACGAUGGAAGAAGCGGACUAUGAGCCAGCACCGGCCACAGUCAGUGGCCCGGCCAGUGAUUCAUAUCGGAGGGACCCUACACUAGCAUUUCCGCACCAGACGGGAGAAGCGGACUAUGAGCCAGCACCAGCCACGGUCAGUGGCAUGGCCUGUGAUUCACAUCAAAGGGAGCCUACACUACCAUCUCCUCGUCAGUCGGGAGAAGCAGACUAUGAGCCAGCACCAGCCACGGUCAGUGGCCUGGACCCACCACUAGCAUCUCCUCGCCAGACGGGAGAAGUGGACUAUGAGCCUGCACCGGCCUCGAUCAGUGGACUGGACUGUGAUUCACAUCGAGGGGACCCUGUACUCGCAUCUCCUCGCCAGCCGGGAGAAGCGGACUAUGAGCCAGCACCGGCCUCGGUCAGUGGACUGGGCUGUAAUUCACAUCGAAGGGACCCUACACUAGCAUCUCCUCGCCACAUGGGAGAAGCGGACUAUGAGCCAGCACCGGCCAUGACAGGAGAAGCGGACUAUGAGCCAGCACCGGCCUCGGUCAGUGGACUGGCCUGUGAUUCACAUAGAAGGGGGUCUUCUCUAGCAUCUCCUCGCCAGACAGGAGAAGCGGACUAUGAGUCAACACCGGCCUUGGUCAGUGGACUGGCCUGUGAUUCACAUCGAAGGGACCCUACACUAGCAUCUCCUUGCCAGACGGGAGAAGCGGACUAUGAGCCAGCACAGACCACGGUCAUUGGCCUGGCCAAUGAAUCACAUCUGAGUUAUCCUACACUACUAUCUCCUCACCAGACGGGAGAAGCGGACUAUGAGCCAGCACCGGUCACGGUCAGUGGCCUGUCCAGUGAUUCACAUCGAAGGGAGCCUACACUAGCAUCUCCUCACCAGACGGGAGAAGCAGACUAUGUGCCAGCACCGGCCACGGUCAGUGGCCUGUCAAGUGAUUCACAUUGGAGGGGGCCUACACUAGCAUCUCCUCACCAUACGGGAGAAGCGGACUAUGUGCCACCAUCGGCCAUGGUCAAUAUCCUGGCCAGUGAAUCACAUCGCAGGGAGCCUACACUAGCAUCUCCUCGCCAGACGGGAUAA